AUGCCAUCUCGAACUCAGAGGGCGCCUAGCCCCGACUCAGGUGACGAUAGCUUCAUUGUUAUUCCCACCAUGGGCUCUGGCAGCAGCAAGCAUCCUAGCUCCCCCGCAACCAUCAGUUUCCCUCAAUCAUUCUCCGGGACGGCUACAACAAAGUCGUCAUGCAGUGGCAACUCAUCGUCCGCGCCUUCACUCAACGAAUCGGCUACCCCGGGACCGGCCGCGGCACAGGAGCCUGUUCUUGUCGCAGUGCAGGACAUGAUCGCCGCCUUCACCGCCAACAUGAAAGCAGCCAUGCUGGAGAGUGAAGGGAGGACUGCCAUCAGGUUCUCAGAGUCACUUCAGGCGAUCCAGGCCGAAACCGGAGAGCGCGAGGAACGAGCCGUGAAGAAUACCCUGAGCGCUUGUCGAGCCGACAUGGAAGGUUACUACCACACCGCGCUUGCCGCUGCUGAGGCACGUUCUGCCGAGAGCUUCGGGCGGGUGUUCGAGCGUCUAGACCGCCUUGAGAAGACUGCCAUCGCCGACGGCAAGAAAUCUGCAAAGACCCACCGCGAGCUACGCAAUUCAAUCGCAUUUGCCGAGGAACGCGCGACUGCAGCGAUGACUGAGCAACGUGCCAACAUCGAGAACUACAUCGACGAGCAGCUCCAGAACAACCUGGAGGAAGUCGCAGCGCAGGUCAACAAACGCUUCGAUGUCCAUAACCGCGAGUGGGUGGGGAUGAAGGACUCGCAGGAGAAGCUAGAGGAUCGGUUGAAUGCGCUAGAAGGCCGCCAAGCUGACCUCGAUGCCGAGCUGUACGACUUGAAGGUCACCAAGGAGUCUCUCGAGAGCGAGCAGAAGAGCGUGCGCGAGAUGCAGGAGGUGGUCAAAGCCGCUCUCAAGGAUUUGAAGAAAGAGCAAGACACGGCUAGGGAUCAGACUAUUGAGCUUGAAGCCCGCGUUGAUAAGGCUGAGAAGCGUGUGAUCCUUGUAGAGGAGAAGCAGACUGCCAGCGAAGAGACGCAACCUGUCUUCGCUCUCAACACGGAUUUGGGGGACGCAGAAGCACGGAUUUGUAAGCUGGAGGUCCACUUUGGAGACAUUCCAAAGGACCACCAGGAUGUGUGGAAGGCGAUCGAAGGCCUCGAGGUUGGACAAGGCGAUGCCGAAGACAAGAUCACCAAGUACGACUCUCGAGUCCACGACCUGGAGAAGACAAUCGGCAACAUUCAAGAGAAGCACUCGUCGAUCGAAGGUCAAGUUCAAAAGCUCGACGCCGACUUCUGCAACUGGCGCACCAAGAAACAACUCUCCAUUCUUGACAAUGACGCCGAGAUCAAGAACAAGGUCUCCAAAGCCCAAAACACGCUGGAAGAGCAUGAGAAGAAGCUUCGGAACCUUCGCAGCGACAUCGAGCACGAGGCCACCCAACGUCGUAAGCUGCAGGUGAAGACGACGGGAAUGACACUUGCCUUCGCCAACGAUACUUCCGUCUCCGGCAUUGGAAAGUCUCAAUACCCCGCUAUCAAGUCAUGGCUCGAUGAGCUCGCCGCCAGGCCCGCGACCGCCCCCGACGUCCGCUGCAGAGCCAUCCACUACUCUGCAUGGCUCGCUAAUAACGUCUAG